AUGAAGAUCUUCCUCCAGAUAUUCAACUAUCAGAAGGCUUGGACGGCGACAAACUUCGAGGACUUUGGGAGCCUCUAUUACAUUGAUGAUGUGAAUGAGACAAUGAGGAGGUCCACGAAACCUGUGUUUGACAAAUUUGUUGUUGGGCCAGCAGCAGGCCGCGAGUGGGUUGAUCAUGGCCGCAGCAAACUGCAAUGUGAUAGAGGCCCAUGGCGCUCGCUUCAAGAAUAUCGGCAAGCUACUGGACUCCGUGAGAAAUCUGCAAUCAAAACAUUUUCAGACACCCCGGUUCCAAAACAAUUAACGAUGCUUUAUGGCCCCGAUCUAUAUCAACCCACAUUAAAAAAACGUCUUGAAGCAGCUGAGUCUUAUUUACAGCUUCUCAGUCUUCUACUCCCCACUGAUUCAGCUUUGACAAGUGGGCAUAUAUGGCACAAUGAUCUCCAUGGCGAAAACAUAUUUGUUAGUCAGAACAUGCCUACUCAAGUGAUAGGUAUUAUUGACUGGCAAUCAAUACAAAUAGCACCUCUAUUUGAUCACUGCAUGGAUCCAACAUUCCUGGAGUAUAGUGGUACACCAAUCGGCGACAGCCUCAAACGUCCAGAGUUGCCAGAUACCAAAUCAAUGUCAAAGGAUGAGAGGGAUUUAGCAAUCAAGCAUUACCUUGAUAUGUCUGUAAUGGUUGCGUGGCGCAUGCUAGUGAAGAAAAAAAACCCAGCGCAGUAUCGCGCAAUCUUGUUUGAAUUUACAACGGAGGGAUACCUUCUUCAUCUCUCUCGUCGUCUUUAUGAGCUAGGAGAGGCAUACUUCUCUGCCUUGCUGCUAGAUUUGUGUACAGAGCGCGGCAAUGAAAACUUUCCAUUAGUUUUCUCCGAGGAAAGGAAAUUAGAGAUUGAAGGUGACCGGGAGGCAGCCCAGCUGAGUUCAGAGGCCAUGAGAGAUUUAGAGCGCCGACUAGAUGGGCUCUGGCCAGAAAAAGCUCUAAUAGAGCAUGAAAACUAUGAUGAGGUAAAGUCAAGGCUUCGCGAGGUGAAAGAAGAAUUAGCAGUUAAGUACUCUGGUAGAGAAAGAGAGGCGUUUGAACAACUCUGGCCGUUCGACAGUUGA